UCCUGAGCCCCCACCUCCGUCACCACUCCCCCAUAUCGAACCUGAUGUACACGUUCGUUGCCAUCCAACAUCUGGAAAACGGCACCCUCUUCUUUUCCUUUUCCCUUUUUUGACACAAGGGCCAAGAUGACUUGAAGAAGCUUCAUUCUCGAUCCUGCAAGUUUCCUUCGUUGUCUCUUCCUCCUUCCCCCUCUCCCUUUCUCUUCGCCCGGGCAGCGCCCUCUUCUUUUCCCGUUCGACUUCUCCCGUACAGCUGAGCUGCUUCAACAAACUCAUGUGUCUCGAUGACCUGAGCUUUACACCUUUUGUCAACCUUCUUCUUCGUCUUCUUCUUCUUCUACUCGACCGUAGACCCGGUCUUCAGUUUGGUUUACCAAACCAUUAGCCUGUUUAAAACCCACAAAAAAGAUCACAAUGGUUUCUCCCAUGAGUUCGCUGAGAAGACGUGCUAUCCGCCGUCCACACUUCCCGAGGGACGAUUUGAAGAUCGAGAUCCGCGACGACCCCGGCGAGAUCUCGUCCGACGACGACGACUCCCCUUCGCCAUCCGGCUCGACGUUCCCGCCCGGCGCGCGGCCGACCGAGCCGCCAUCACCACCACCGGCGCCGCCCGUCGUCCUCAACCCGGCCGAUCCCACCGAGAGUAUCUCCUCGUCGUCGUCGUCCACGUCAAGUGACUCACCGGAGCCCACGGCGCCCCCAAGGGGACCUCAACGCGGCCGGCCUUCCGGCUUUGACACCUCCGUCACUUCGGAAUCGUCCAGCUCCUCGACCAGCUCCUUUCCCACCGCAUUCCCCCAGAGCACAACCGGCUCCGACUCGCAACCGACGGGAGGCGCGACCAGAGGCGGAAACGAGGAGGGACUCGGCAACGACAGGUCGAUCGAGAUGGGAUGGACGCCGACUGCCAUCGCGUUCGGGACCAUUGCCAUUGCGGCGCUCUUCCUCGUCCUCGGCAUCGGCAUCUGGUGGUGCGUCCGCUACCAGAAACGACGCAAGGCCCGCAAGAUGUACGACCGCAACAUCUCCCCCGAUGGCAGCUUCUGGGACCCCUCGGCCACCUUCUCGUCGCCCUCAGCCGCCCCGGUCCGGCGGUCCCCGUCCUCCGUCAUGGCCGAGCUCAUGGGCCACGCCUACGCCGCCGAGAACGGCCACGGCGCCGCCGGAGCCUACGCCAGCGACAACGCCGACCGCAACUCCCUCACGCCCCAGGGUUACCUCGACGAGAAGCGUCACGACCCGGCCCGCCAACUCCCGAUCCUCGAACCCGCGCCUGUCGCCCAGCCCAACGUCCGCAACUCCUUCGCCAGCUGGAUCCGCCGCCACCACCCGCUCAAGCUGAACCCCAUGUCCGGCCGGAACAGCGUCUACUCCACCCGCACCCUCGCCGCGAGCAACCGCUCCGUCAACAACGCCCCGCUACCGCCGGUCCCCGCCGUGCCGGACGUCUAUCGGAGCUCCGACCGCCUCGAGGUCCCCCCCGGGCUCGGCAUCCAGCAUCAACAACACAACCACCAAGACAACAACAACAACAACAACAACAACAACAACAACAGCAGCAGCAGAAGCAACCUUCGGUACACCACCUCCUCCAGCAGAUACGACGACAUGGACGAAAGCCCGUCGACCGGAUACAACACAAACUCCCUCCUGUCGCUGUACCACACCCAGCCCCAGCACCCGCACCAGCAGCAGCCCGGCCAGCCGCCCUGGCUGAUGGACCCGCCGCCCGUCGUCUUUGGCGAGCGUGGCGUCUCCAUGGCGCCCACCGAGGCCACGGCGCGGACCGAGAGCACCUGGCGCAGCUGGGGAGGCGGCGUGACGCAGCCCCAGCCCCAGCACCAGCACCAGCAGUCGCCGCCGGGCACGCCCCGGAGGGGUUGGAUCGAGAAGUGUAUCAAGUUUGGCGGCCUGAAAUGA